AAAAAUAGGUGAUAAUUUUAAAAAAUGGAAAGAGAAUCGUAUGGCUGAAUACCAAAAAGAACUUGAAAAACAAGAACAAGAAAUGCAACGUGUAAAAGUACCCAAAGUAGAAAUGGCAAAAAUUCCAACUAAGACGCAAAUGUUAACUGAACCAAAAAAAACGGUACGACGAUUAAAAUCAUCACAAGAAACGGAAGCAAUAAAUGCCAUUCCAAGUUUUAUUACUGAAUGUCGAACGAUAAGUUCAAAAAAAAAUUCCUCAUCGGGAACAAAAAUGGAAGUGGAAGUAAAGAAAAAUUUUGGAACUACAAAAGAAAAUACUCCCAAAAAUGCUCCUAGUAAUUGCACAUCAAAAUUUGCGGAAACAACUGCUACGGAAGUGUCAACGAAGUCGCAGUCAUCAACAAUGGAUCAUCAUUUGAUUGCAUCAUCAAAUAUUGAAAAUAAUUCGGCAUCAAACGUUGAAAUUUUCAAGAAACAAGGGAUGAAAUCGGAUCCGGUUGUUGCAAAACCCCGGAAGAUAUUAGGAAAUACUGAAAAUCGAGAAAUGCGAAAGUAUGGUACCAGAAAUAAGACGCAAGAAUUGAUGAACUUUGUUAAAGAGAAAGAAACGAAUGAUGAAGAAGAGUCUAAAAUAUAUCGGCAGAAUUGCAUCCAUCGACGUAAUCGUUACAUUCGAAGACCAUUCGAUAUUGAUGUUUUGCUUGGUUAUGAUAAGGAAAAUAGCUUUGAACAAUUUGAAGCUCGUUUUGCUGCAUCAGGACGUGAUAAGAGACCAAUGAUUGAUAAGAGUGAUAAGAAAGCUAAGAAACGACGAAAAGAAAGCAAGAAAAUAUGGAUCAGCGAAUUACGAGAUAUUGACAAGAUUUAUAGGACAUCCGAACUACGCGAUAUAAUUAAUUCAGUGCGAGUUUAA